GCCGGGGCUUCAACGCGCAAGCCAAUCCUCCGUCGGGGAACCAGCGCCGGGCUUUGCACCGCAGCACCGCAGCGACAGCCUCGCUUCUUCUCACCGAAAUGUUCCCGUGUGCACCGAUUCCCUAAAUGGCAAGUGGAUACUGAAUCUCCAUGGUGCACGAAAGAAGGACAGUCCGCGACUGUUUUGUUCAGUAAAUCCUGGACACACCUUUUUUAAUGUCAGUCAAGACCGCGGCUGGGUCGCCAUGACGAGCGAGGAGUGUCCUGCGCCGCUGGGGAGCAUCUCCUCGGCCGGGCCAGGGCAGAGCGACGAGUACGGCUCGGCGCAUGCUGAUGACAUCAUCGAGGAGAUGGGCCCGGGUGACGACGUCAGCAUCGGCAGCGACCUGAGCACUCUGGUGGUGCCCUUCCCGGAGCUGGCGCCCGUGGUCUUCUUCUGCCUCAAGCAGACCACCUGUCCUCGCAACUGGUGCAUCCGCAUGGUGUCCAGCCCGUGGUUCGAGAGGAUUAGCAUCAUGGUGAUCCUGCUCAACUGUGUGACUCUGGGCAUGUACCAGCCCUGCGAGAACAUCGACUGCACCUCGGACCGCUGCCAAAUACUCCAGGCCUUUGAUGCAUUCAUCUACAUCUUCUUUGCGCUGGAGAUGGUGGUCAAGAUGGUGGCGCUUGGGAUCUUUGGCCGCCGCUGCUACCUGGGCGAUACCUGGAACAGGCUGGACUUCUUCAUUGUCAUGGCGGGAAUGGUAGAAUACUCACUGGACCUGCAGAACAUCAACCUGUCGGCCAUUCGAACGGUGCGAGUCCUGCGGCCUCUCAAAGCCAUCAACAGAGUGCCAAGUAUGCGUAUUCUGGUGAACCUGCUGCUGGACACGCUGCCCAUGCUGGGCAACGUACUGCUGCUGUGCUUCUUCGUCUUCUUCAUCUUCGGCAUCAUCGGAGUGCAGCUGUGGGCGGGCCUGCUGAGGAACCGUUGCUACCCCGAGGAGAACUUCACCCUCUCUUCGGGCAUGACCCUGCCGGCGCCGUACUACCGGCCGGAGGAGGAUGACGAGCGCCCGUUCAUCUGCUCCCUGGCAUCGGAUAACGGGAUCAUGUCGUGCACCGACGUGCCGGCGAGGCGCGAGGGAGGACGCACGUGCUGCCUGGACAAGGAGGACGCCCUCCACAGGCAGGCUCUGGGUCUGAGUCCCGAACCCCUGGCCAACGGCAGCGGCGCCGGGGAAGCCGUGGGUCUGUGCAUCAACUGGAACCAGUACUACACUCGGUGCCACACUGGCAACACCAACCCCCACAAAGGUGCAAUCAACUUUGACAACAUUGUCUACGCCUGGAUUGUAAUCUUUCAGGUGAUCACUCUGGAGGGCUGGGUUGAAAUAAUGUAUUAUGUAAUGGAUGCCCACUCGUUCUACAACUUCAUUUACUUCAUCUUACUCAUCAUCAUUGGUUCCUUCUUCAUGAUCAACCUGUGCCUAGUGGUUAUCGCCACCCAGUUCUCAGAGACCAAACAGCGGGAGCACCAGCUGAUGCAGGAGCAGAGGGCGCAGUGCCUGUCCUCCUCCACCCUGGCCAGCAUGACCGAGCCGGGGGAUUGCUACGAGGAGAUCUUCCAGCUGGUCUGCCAUGUCCUCCGCAAGGCUAAGAGGAGAUCGGCAGCUCUCUACUACACGCUGAGGGGCAAGCCCCCGCCGCCUGGCGGAGGCAGGGGCAACCGGCGCGGCGGAGGCAAUGUGAACGGAGAGCGGCAUCACACCAGGCACCCGAGAUCUCCCCACUGUCCACACCAAAGCCACCCCGACCACGGCUCUCAGCCGCAGGCCAACUGCAUCGCCCUGUCCGUCCCUCAGAACCCCGAGGACUGCCCCAUAUGCGCUUUAUCACUGCAGGAGGGCACGAAGGCCGUCGGCGAAUCUGCUAAUGGCGACGAAAACGAGGAGGAUGCUGUGAGGGAGACGGAUAAAGAGGAGAACCACUUAGACGAGAGGGGGGACGGAGGGAAGAAGCGGAAGAGGACGUGUUUCGGACACUGUAGGGACCUUUGGAAUGGGAUGAGACGGAAACUUUGGGGAAUUGUGGAGAGCAAGUAUUUCAGCAGGGGGAUUAUGAUCGCGAUUCUCAUCAACACCAUCAGCAUGGGCAUCGAGCAUCACAACCAGCCCGAGGAGCUGACCAAUGUCCUGGAGAUAUGCAACAUUGUCUUCACCAGCAUGUUCACCCUGGAGAUGAUCCUCAAACUGACUGCUUUUGGCUUCUUUGAGUACUUGAGGAACCCGUAUAACAUCUUCGAUGGCAUCAUUGUUAUCAUCAGUGUGUGCGAGAUCAUCGGGCAGGCGGACGGCGGGCUGUCCGUGCUGCGGACGUUCCGGCUGCUGAGGGUCAUUAAGCUGGUCAGGUUCAUGCCGGCGCUGAGGCGGCAGCUCGUGGUGCUGAUGAAGACCAUGGACAAUGUGGCCACUUUCUGUAUGCUGCUCAUGCUUUUCAUCUUCAUCUUCAGUAUUCUGGGGAUGCAUAUAUUUGGUUGUAAGUUCAGUUUGAAAACCGAGGCGGGGGACACUGUGCCUGACAGGAAGAACUUCGACUCCCUGCUGUGGGCCAUCGUCACUGUCUUCCAGAUCCUGACUCAGGAGGACUGGAACAUGGUGCUGUACAACGGCAUGGCGUCCACCUCCCCCUGCGCCGCUCUCUACUUCGUCGCUCUUAUGACAUUUGGAAACUAUGUGCUCUUCAAUUUAUUAGUGGCCAUCCUGGUGGAGGGUUUCCAAGCUGAGGGUGAUGCAAAUCGCUCUUACUCUGACGACGACAGGUCUUCCUGUAAUUUUGAUGAGAGUGACAAGCAGAAAGACUCCCUGCACCUCUCAGACCCAAAGAUCUGCACACUGACCCCUAAUGGACACCUGGACCUGUCCCAGUUGCCUGCUGGUCUUUUUCCUGGAGAGAGGUUGACCUUUGCUCUUGGCUCCAGGAAGAAUAGUGUUAUUUCUCUUGGCAGGGCCAACCUGGAGCAAAGGGCUGUGUAUCCAGGUCGAGGUUAUCACAAUUGGGGUCGCUCGGUGCCUCCCCAGCCUCACGCCUUGUGGGCCCGCCGUUCCAGCUGGAAUAACCUGGGGGUGGGCCGGCCCUGCUCCUCCUCGUCUCCCACUGGCAGCCCGGGCUUCACGCCGCCCUCCGCCAGGCCGUUCUAUGGCUACGGCCUGGGGGGUCUGGGAGGGGUGGUUGGAGGAAGUCUCCGGAUCAGGGGCCCGCGCGCCUCCUCGUCCCCGCGUCACCACCGCCAUCACGUCCAGCCGGACGAGGAGGAGUCCCUUCUCUCGCCGCCGCCCGUGGCCCCCCACUCGCUCCACCUCCCCCCUCCCGUGCUCCCGGGCUAUUUCGCCCCCAGGAGGGACCGCAGGGCUCUGUCGCUGGAGCUGCCCCACCUGCUGCAGGUCCCGGGACAGCCACACCCCCCACCGCCGCCCCCCGGGACCCACCACGGCCACCACAGGAAGAAGAGCUUCUCCGGAGGGAUGGUGAUGACUGGGGGCGGCGACCUGGGAGGGAUUCACCAAGACUGCAAUGGGAAGACGCCGCUGUCCCAGCUGCUCCAGCCCCCUCCCAGACACCCCACGGAGCAGACCGAAGGAGCGAACCCCCCCAGCAACCUGAUGGCUGAAGUCUUCCCCCAGGUUAACACACGGAGCAAAGACCGGGAGGACCUGGACGACGACAUCGACUACAGCUUGUGUUUCCGCAUCCAGAAGAUGUUGGAAGCGUACAGACCGGACUGGUGCGAGACGCGAGAGGAUUGGUCCAUCUUCCUCUUCUCCCCACAGAACAAGUUCAGACAGAUAUGCCAGUCCAUCAUCGCCCAUAAGCUCUUUGACUACGUGGUUUUGGCCUUUAUCUUCUCCAACUGCAUCACAGUGGCUCUGGAGAGACCCAAGAUACUACAGGGCAGCCUGGAACGAGUUUUUCUUACCAUCUCCAACUACAUCUUUACUGCAAUCUUUGUGGGCGAGAUGACGCUCAAGGUUGUGUCCAUGGGCCUGUACAUGGGUGAACAGGCUUAUCUGCGGAGCAGCUGGAACAUUCUGGACGGCUUCCUGGUUUUUGUGUCUUUGAUUGACAUUGUUGUGUCCAUGGCGGGAGGCGCUAAGAUCCUGGGUGUGCUCCGAGUCCUCCGGCUGCUCAGAACACUGCGUCCCCUCAGGGUGAUCAGCAGAGCUCCGGGUCUGAAGCUGGUGGUGGAAACUCUCAUCACUUCCCUCAAACCAAUCGGCAACAUCGUCCUCAUCUGCUGCGCUUUUUUUAUCAUCUUUGGUAUUCUCGGAGUUCAGUUGUUUAAAGGCAAGUUCUUCUACUGCUUCGGCCCUGACGUCAAAAACAUCACCAACAAGUCCGACUGUCUGCAAGCCAACUACAAGUGGGUCCACCACAAGUACAACUUUGACAAUCUUGGACAGGCUCUGAUGUCCCUGUUUGUCCUCGCUUCCAAAGACGGCUGGGUCAACAUCAUGUAUCACGGCCUCGAUGCUGUGGCCGUGGACCAGCAGCCGAUAACCAACAACAACCCCUGGAUGUUGUUGUACUUCAUUUCCUUCCUCCUCAUCGUCAGCUUCUUCGUCCUCAACAUGUUCGUUGGCGUGGUGGUGGAGAACUUCCACAAGUGCCGCCAGCACCAGGAGGUGGAGGAGGCCAAGAGGCGCGAGGAGAAACGCCAGCGUCGCAUGGAGAAGAAGAGGAGGAAGGCCCAGAAGCUGCCCUACUAUUCCAGCUACGGCCACAUGCGCCUGAUGAUCCACACACUGUGCACAAACCACUACCUGGACCUCAUCAUCACCUUCAUCAUCUGUAUCAACGUCAUCACCAUGUCUCUGGAGCACUACAACCAGCCUCACUCUCUGGAUCUCGCUCUGAAAUACUGCAAUUAUUUCUUCACCUCUACGUUCGUGCUGGAAGCAGUGCUCAAACUCAUCGCCUUUGGCUUCCGCCGCUUCUUCAAAGACCGGUGGAACCAGCUGGAUCUGGCCAUUGUGCUUCUGUCGGUGAUGGGCAUCACUCUGGAGGAGAUCGAGAUCAGCGCCGCCCUUCCCAUCAACCCCACAAUCAUCAGGAUUAUGAGAGUACUGAGGAUCGCGCGAGUCCUGAAGCUGCUGAAGAUGGCAACAGGAAUGCGAGCCCUGCUGGAUACCGUCGUCCAAGCCCUGCCUCAGGUGGGUAACCUGGGCCUGCUCUUCAUGCUACUGUUUUUCAUCUACGCCGCCUUAGGAGUAGAGCUUUUUGGAGAACUUGUUUGCAAUGAAGACUACCCCUGUGAGGGUAUGAGUCGUCACGCUACCUUUGAAAACUUUGGCAUGGCCUUCCUUACUUUGUUUCAAGUCUCCACGGGCGACAACUGGAAUGGCAUUAUGAAGGACACAUUGCGGGAGUGUCCACCAGACCACAACACGGACGUGGACUAUGCCUGCAAUCCGAGCCUUCAGUUUAUCUCGCCCAUGUACUUUGUCUCCUUCGUGCUCACCGCCCAGUUUGUGCUCAUCAAUGUGGUGGUGGCCGUGCUGAUGAAGCACCUGGACGACUCCAACAAGGAGGCCCAAGAGGAGGCGGAGAUGGAUGCAGAAAUUGAGCUGGAGCUGGCCCAGGGCACCCUCUGUUGCAUGGGCGCCCCCGGAUGCGGGGGUGGCGGCGUGGACAAGGGACUGGUCGCUGCCGGAUCGGCGCCCGGCGGAGCGGCCGGGGGGAGGGAGCGGGGCAGCGCCAGAGGAGACAGGGGAGAUGGGUCGAGGAGGAUGCGACACGCGGUGGCCGCCGCGCACCCGGGACCGUACAACCCCCACGACUCCGAGCGGACCCUCUACUCGCCAGUGCAAGAGAGCCAGUGGUUGGAUAGCGUAUCUCUCCUCAUCAAGGAUACGUUGGAGGGGGAGAUGCUGAUGAUCGACAACCUCUCCGGUUCUGUCUUCCACCACUACUCCUCUCCUCCACCCGUCUGCAAAGGCUGCAAGGGCCACCCGCAAGAGCAGAUCAGGAUGGCAGAGAUCGAACAGGCGUCGCUGAAGUCGGAGCAGCUCUCUGAUAAGUCCUCGUCCCCCGCCCUGCCGGACGACCUCAGCCUGGACGAACACACAGCCUACCAGCUGCUGGCGCAGGAGAGCAAGGGAAGGUGCUGCAGUGACUCCUACAGCUCCGAGGAGGCCUGUGGUCGAGGCAGCCGUGAGGGGCUGCAGCAGGCUCAGACCGUGGUUCAGAGCCAGGUGCAGGGUUUGGGCCAUCCGUGUCGGGCCCUCGCCGCCGGCAUUGAGAUGGAGACCGCGCUUCAGGAAAUAGAGAUGCAAACACACACACCACAAAACGCACCUCACCACAGUCCCGGUGGUGUUCCCAGCAGCAGCAGCAAGGAGAGAAACAAAGAAGGCGGUGGAGGAGCCAGUGGCAUUUCUGCUCUCUUCCAUCUGCCUGCAGAGUUCUUCCACCCUGCAGGAGCAUCCAUCCCAGUACCUCCCCGGAGCAGAAGCCUGCGUUUGUCAAGGGGCCUUAAGCUGACCUCCCCAGCCACCUGGACCUCGUUCCGCUCUCCUGGAGCCCAAAGAAAAAUCCUCUGUACUCAGUACCCAUCCCACAGUGACUCCUCCCUCGCGACGGGCAGUUCUGAAGGAAGCCUUCAAACCACCCUGGAAGAAGGGCUGAGCUUCAGCGUCUCUCCGCCACAGAACCUGGAGCUGCCUUUGCCAGCAGCUCCUUUGCCGCUCAUGUGUCCCGUCCAGCUGCCCGAAGACGGCACCACCACCUCCUCUCCGGUCCAGACCACGAGGCCGAGACCCACCCCCUCAUCAGCUUUAACCCUCCUGGCCACCAGGGGUCACCAACGGAGCCAGAGCAGCGGGCGGGGCAGCACCAGCCCCGGCUACACCCGAGACGACUCCAUCGAUCCGUCAGACGAGGAUCUCGGCAUCGGCAUCGGGUCGUCCAUCGGAGGCUGUGGGUCCAGUCAAGCUGGAAACAGUGAACAUUUGUCCGAGGCGCUGAGCAGCUUGUCGUUGACGUCGCUGCUGUCGCCCAGCUCCUUGAUGUACCCAGGAGGGGCGGUGAAGAAGUGCAACAGCACAGGCAGCCUGGACCAGGGGGGGAUGCUGUCUUCUCGGGGCAGGGAGAGCCGCAGGGAGAUCCUGGGCCUGGAGUUGAUGGACCCCCAGGGCUUUUUGGCCAACCCCUGGACGGGGGUUUUAGUUGACACAAGAAGAGGAGAUAUGAGAGGAGAAAUAGGAGACGGAGAACAAGGGUUGAAAGCAAAGAGCUCAAGCCAAACAGCAGUAGGGCCCUGUCGGAAAAAUAGAUGAAACCUACUGUUUAGUCUUAUUUUGUCUCUCCAUUCCUUGGAUCUAAACCCAUUGCUGUUCCUCUCGCCCUCUCUGCUUCAACAGUGAGAGAGAGGUCCGAUGACACAUGAUGUCCUGUAUUCCAAAGCCAAACCCUCAUCUUGCCCCUUCAACCCCUUUCAGUACAUUUGUGACAAGCCGGCGUCCUAUUUUGAUAUUUAGGCAAGUGGUCUGGGUUAUGGUCUGUUGGCGAGGGAGUGGCCAGCACGGUUAAGGCCCUUCCUCCCUCCUUGAAGCGGUACCAGAGGAAGCCAUGGAAGGUUCUGAUCGCACUGGGAAGAGAGGAGGAUCAAAUCAGGAAGUCAAUGGGAGCAGAAAGAAAUGAGCUCAAACAUCAGACACAACAAAGAGUCUUAAAUGUUGCUCUUCUGUAGUUUCCUGCAGUGGCUCGGAUUAAUGAGGUUGAAAAUGCAAAAAGCCAAAAAAAAGAAAAAAAAAAGACACAAACCCAAAAUAGUCAUCCAUGCCAACAGAGAUUGUUUUGAUCUGUUUACAUCUCUGAGGCAGUGCAGCAAAUAAGUGGGCGGAGGCUGGUUGAUGGCAGAAUAUAUCAAGGUGGAAGGAAGACCGCGAAAGGAGAAAGCGGGUCAUUUAUUGGGCUGGAAAGGCAGAAAGCGGAUCUAAUGUCCAUCUGCUCUGGCAGACGGAAACAACAGGUCCUACUCACUCUGGCACAGGACCUUCUGCUGAGAUCAGAGCAAACGGCGAGGUGGAGGAGAGUUCAGGAAUGUGUGCUCGUCGCGUGUGUUUGUGUGUGAGAGCGCUGCCUCAGGUAUCCAAGGCAUGAAUUAAAUCAUUCUCAUCGCCGCACCAUACCUCUGUGUUCCUGAAAGAGGAGAUGGGUAUCGACUGGGUAAAGCUUUGUUCGUCUGUCAACUCGGUCUUCAGCUGCGGCGGAAAAUGAAAAGAAAUUGACGGACUGCGGAGGUUCAACCGUGCAUGGAGUGAUUCGUGAAAUUGGUUAUUUUUCUUUUCUAUCUCUAGCAUCUCUCACUCGCUCAUGAACAUGGAGAAAUGAAUACGAAAGCAAGAGAUGUUGGAUGGAGAUUUACAAAACCCGAUCAGAAGGGACGGCAGUGUGUGUGUGCGUGUGCAUGGAGCAGCCUUGUGUGCACUAAAAUCAAGUUCACUGCUAUUUCUUGAAGUGAGACUUUAAGCACACUCCUUUUUGAGACCACUUUCUCUCACCGUGUUCCAGGAUUUAAGAAAAAUGGACAAAACCACAAAAAUGUUGCAAGGACCUUGACUGCAUGAUGGGAUCGCAUUUAACCAAGAUUUUUAUCUAUAAACAGAAGUGUAUAAAGAUGUCAGUGUUGGGUGAUGACCAUGUGAUUUCUAUUCCUCUAUUUUUGUAGAAAAGAGAAUAGGCACGUGCAAGUGUUGCCGUUAGUUUGUCCCGAUUUAAUUUCCCCCAUGCAGUGUCUUUGACUUGUCGUCUAGGACUUUUUUGUCUGCCAGUGGCUUCCAGUUUUAUAACAUUUUUUAAGGUGUGGACAAUGUAUAAAACAAUGAAGCAAAAAAUUUCAAACAAACUGCGCGCUGAAGCGAUUGUUCCCUCCAGCACAUUUCUCUUAGGGAACAAGGGUUCCUUGUGGAUGAUUUUUUUUUUUUUUUUCCAGAUGUUGGAGCCUCAGAGGACAACCAGAGAUGGGAACAGCCAUAUUCACUCACUAAACAAAGACUGUCGUGCUCACAGACAUUCCUGCACACAGGGAACUUUGUUUGCUUUUAGCCAGUUGUACUAAAAAAAAAAAAAGAAAAGAAAAA